AUGGCCUCGGAUCAAAGCCGCCUCGGACCGCUGGCGCUGGCGGUCCUCACGCGGCUCGGGCUUGAAAUAUCCCGCGAGGGCUCCAUCCACGUGUUGCGGGUCUCCGCUGGCGGGCGACAGCCGCUGGUCCAGCGCCUGGCGCGGGCGCAGCAGAGAUGCCCCAGGUUUCGGGUGGUGGACGUGGGGGCGGCUAUGAACCCCUGGACUCUCAAGGUCCUGAACGCCGUGGUAGACAGGACGCCCCAGGUGGUGGAAGACUGCUUCCAGCAGCCCUGGUUCUCUGCCGCAGCAGCCCGUUUCUGCUGCCGAUCAGGGCCUCACACCUGGCUGCAAGCCAACAACGUCACCUGUUUCACCAAGGACUUCGACUUUGAGAGAUGUUGCCGGAAUGGGGAGCCUCAUCAGUUGCUCCACUUCGCCAUGGAUGUGAAUAAGGAAUCGGCCUGGGACCCCUUGCUGCACCAUGUGGAGGUGGCCGGGAAGUUCGAGUUUGCCGUUGCCUCCCACAUCCUGGAGGAUAUCGUGAACCCCGAGAUCCUGCUGCAGAUGCUCCCACGCAUCGCGCGCAGGGGCUUUGUGGCCAUGCCCUCCAAGUUUACGGAGCUCAAAAGGGGAGUGGACGAAGGCUACGGCCCACAUCGCGGGCACAUCCACCACCGCUGGAUCGGCACCAUCCAGUCGGGGCAGCUGCUGCUUCUCCCAAAGCUGGCGUUUCUGGAGACCAUCGAAGGCGACAUUGAUGUGGUGGGAAACGCCCUCACUGCAGACUCCAUCGACAUGAGCUUUGAGUGGGACGAAGACGACAUCCCGUUCUCCAUUCUGAACAAGGGAUUUGUUGGUCCAACACCGGUGCACGUGAUCCAGAUGUACCUGGAGGUGUUUCGCACGGCAGACGAUGUGGAUGACGUUUAUGUCCACGGGUCGGACGAGCCGGAGUCCGAGAUCCCGUGUGAAUCCAGGCAGGAAGCGCUACCACCUUCUUCCCCUGAGCCCGAGGCUGCCAUUAUGUCCAGCGUGCAGUUCUGCUCCCUCCGCACCUUCGAGGGCCUCUCCCGGGACCUGGCGGCCCAGUUGGGCGCUACCGGGGAGCGCUGCUUCCAUCGCGAGCUCCAGGAGGUGAGGCGGCGCUGCCUCAUGGCCAUGAAGGCCGUGGAAGCUGCGAUGAUGAUCUACCACACUUGCGCCGCUGGUGAGCCACCGCUGGGCUCAGCAGCUCGGAGCGCCAGCUUCAGGAGGCGGCGAGCCUCGUGA